UCUACUGUUGGCUUUCUCUAUCUUCCAUCAUAGUAGCUUGUCUCUGUUCCCCAAGAUCUUUGUUGGUCUCUGUAGCUUAACAGGUCGGAAACCGGCGCAUCAAACGAGGUUAUAAAGCUUGUUUUCCUUUUCUCUUUCAUUUCUUCAUUUAACUUGUUUGUCCUCGGAUCGUUCCAUCAUUUCAACAGAGAGUGAUAUAUCGCUUCUACUCCAUUAUUUUCUGCUGCAAAUUCACUCACUGAUACCAUUCGCUCGCUCGGUUAUAUAACUAUCCAAAUUUGCCUAUUUCCUGUCUUCUUUUCUGCUCACUUCUUCUUGAUGCUCUUUCUUGCCUCUUAGGCUUCUCUUCAUCAAAAUGGUUUGUAGUAGCCAUAGUUUCAUAUUUUGCCUUAGACCAAGCUACUUUUCCCUUCUUUUUCUCUUGAUUUUAAGCACGUCUCAACUCACAAACAAAGCCCAAGGUAGACCAAAUCCAGAAUCUGAUAGCUUUUCACAGACAGUGAAUGAGGAAAAGGCGAGAUUGAGAGCACAGAUAGGUUCGAGGCCGCCGAGGUGUGAGAGAAGGUGCAACUCAUGUAAUCGCUGUGAAGCCAUUCAAGUGCCUACAAAUCCCCAAGCCCGCAAUGGGAGCAAUACUUCAACGUUAAUCUCUGUCUCUAAUGCUGCCUAUGCAAGAGGAGAUGGAAACUCCAACUACAAGCCCAUGAGAUGGAAAUGCAAAUGUGGAAACUUCAUCUUCAACCCUUAA